AUGACAGACUUGUGGAUGAUCUCUGUCCCACUGGACAAGAAGACGUCGGCCAGUGUGGACAAACUCAAACGCAUCAUUGCCAAAACCAAAGCCGCCUCUUGCUGCAGGUUCCACAUACCAGAACUCAAGGUGGGAGUCCUGGACAGCCUGCUGACAGUAUCCGAUGAAAUGGCCAAGCUUGACAUGACCACCGAGAGUGUGCUGAAAAGAACUUGUCAGUCUCUGAGAGAGUUGAUGGUGCAGACCGGUGACAAGCAGGAGGAAGACGUUGUAGCCAAUGGACUGGACCUGAUGAGCCACGUGACCAAGUUCCAGUGGGACAAAGCCAAGUACCCGACAUCACAGCCUCUCUCCAGCCUGGUGGCGUUGAUCACAAAGGAAGUCUCCCAGCUGGAGGCCGAGUUGAAAUCCAGAUACGCAACAUACAGCAAAUUAAAAAGUGAGCUGCAGUGUCGACAGCAGAAACCGGAGAGGAAUUUACAAACCUGCAGUCUGAAUGAAAUCGUGAGGAGAGAAGACCUGGUGGUCUCGGAGUACCUCACCACGCUGCUGGUGGUCACUUCCAGAGGGAACUAUGCUGUAUGGGAGGGGACAUACGAGUCCUUGUCAGACUUUGUGGUUCCACGCUCCAGUAGAAAGCUUUACGAGAACGAGGAAGCAGGCAUUUUUUCAGUGACGCUUUUCCGAAAAGCCGUGUCCGAAUUCAAAGUCAAAGCUCAGAAGAACAUGUUUGUGGUGCGAGAGUACAGCGUCGAGCAGGAGGAGAAGAGGCUAAAAGAGCUGAAGGCGCUGACCAUUCAGAAGACAGAACAAUACGGGUUCUUCAUGCGGUGGUUGAUGGUAAACCUGAGUGAGCUCUUUGUAACCUGGAUUCAUCUCAAAGCCCUCAGGGUGUUUGUGGAAUCAGUCCUCAGAUACGGACUGCCGGUCAACUACCAGGCCCUCGUGUUGCAGCCGGACAGAAAGGGUACUAGGAAGCUGAGGGAGGAACUUGCGUCCUUGUUUAUGCACUUGGACCCAACAGCCACUGUCAGCAAGACAGAAGUGAGCUGUGAUAUUCCAGGCUUGUGUCCACAAGAAUACUUCUCCUACGUCUGCUACCACAUCAACACAGGCGUGCUGGAUGUCGACCAGCCAGCUGCAAAGACGGGACCUGAGCUCUGA